UGUUCAUGCCGGCAGGUAGGAGGCUACCUAGGCGUGAGAUAAGGUAUCGCUCCAUUGACCUGCGUGUGGCCUCAUCUUGACGGUAGAGGAGGCCAUGGACAGACAUGUUGGAGCGGGAGUGGUCUGUGGAAUUGAGGUGUGUGGCCACAGGGAGAUCCCGCCAUUGCUGGAUGACCGAGCGCCGGUGUUUGGCGAAACGGUCUCCCAGUCUGCAGUGGGUCUCCCCAAUGUAUAAAUGGCCACAUUGGGAGCACCGGAUCCUAUAUAGCUGUAACAUUACCUCUCAGCUGUUAGACUCAAUCCCACGGUUGAUGAAGGCCAAUGCACCGUAUGACUUCUUAACCACAGAGUUAACCUGUGCAGCAGCUUUGUGUGUCCUCUGACUCGGACCCCUCUGAUCCUCCACACUGCCAAGAGUCUUACCAUUAAUACUAUAUUCUGCCAUCAUAUUUGACCUACCAAAAUGAAUCACCUCACACUUAUCUGGGUUGAACUGCAUCUGCCACUUCUCAGCCCAGUUUUGCAUCCUAUCGUUACCCCGCUCCACGCUAUCCACAACACCCCCAACCUAUGUGCCAUCAGCAAAUUUACUAACCCAUCCCUCCACUUACUCAUCCAGGUCAUUUAUAAAAAUCAUGAAGAGAAGGGGUCCCAGAACAGAUCCCUGAGGCACACCACUGGUCACCGACCUCCAUGCAGAUUAUGACCCAUCUACAACCACUCUUUGCCUUCUGUGGACAACCAAUUCUGGAUCUAAAAAGCAAUGUCCCCUUGGAUCCCAUGCCUCCUUACUUUCUCAAUAAGCCUUGCAUGGGGUACCUUAACAAAUGCCUUGCUAAACUCCAUAUACACUACAUCUACUGCACCACAUUCAUUAAUGUGUUGAGUCACAUCCACAAAAAAUUCAAUCAGGCUCGUAAGGCACGACCUGCCCUUGACAAAGCCAUGCUGACUAUUCCUAAUCAUAUUAUGCCUCUCUGAAUGUUCAUAAAUCCUGCCUCUCAGAAUCUUCUCCAUCAACUUACCAACCACUGAAGUAAGUAAUCCUCCUUCAAUCCAAAGAGAAAUGCCCUAGCUCAAUUAGCCUAUCUUCAGAAGACAUGCUCUCUAACCCAGGCAGCAUCUUGGUAAAUCUUCUCUGCACACUCUCUAGAGCUUCCCCAUCCUUUAUAAAAUGAGGUGACCAGAACUGAAUACAAUAUUCCAAGUGUGGUCUAACCAGGAGCCGUAAUAUUACCUCAUGGCUCUUGAACUCAAUUUCUGACUAAUGAAGACCAAUACACCACAUGCCUUCUUAAAAACAUAUCUCAGAAUAAACAGAAAACCAAAGUACAUCAGCCUUGGUGAUGCACUAGACAGGGAUGUCCAAAGUUUUCAAUCAAUUUGGCAUGACCAUGUUGGAAAGUGUCAAAAGCAGUGAUGCUUCUUCACCCUGUCUGCCCAGUUGCUUCCUGUACACCAUACAACUGGAGUCAAAUGCUACUGUGGAAUUUUCUUAACUUACUGCAUCAUCCCUUGGCUACUGUAAAGGAAACAACAGUAAGGCCCCAGAUCUUACUCCUGCUGGUCAGCCCCAGCAACUCUCCUUGCUGAAAAUGUUAAUUGCCCCAAGGCCUCAGUGAGUCUUCAUUUCAAACCUUUGCACACAUUGUUAUUACACCACCAGGGCAGAUUUGUUAAAUAGUAAAAUGCUGUAUCCACCAUUUUCUGUAGCCUUUUUUGUUUCUAGGCAGUGAUACAACCAGUGUGCAUACUCCCACUGUAUGGUUGUAAAAUUAAGGCCGAAAAUGCUGCAAAUAUUCAGCAGGUCAGGCAGCAUCUAUGGAAGGGAAAGCAGGGUUAAUGUUUCAGGACUUCCAUCACAACUAAGUAUUUCAAGCAUCAAUGUUUUUGGUAGACAUAGUCUAGAAAAAGCAGAGACUUUGGUUAAAAGUGUAAUGAGAUCAUUUACCUAUUAGAGGGAGAGGUCAUGCUAGAAAUGUGUAACAUUUCAGUAAACCCACAUCUAGAAUACCACAUACUGUCCUAUUACUGUGUAACAAGAAGGGUGUGAUUGUACUAGAGUUGAUUCAAAAAUUUAUGUAGCUAAAGUUGCAGAGUUUUAACUCUGAGACAAGAUUUGGACUUUAUUUUUAGAAGGGAGUGUCAGUACCUCCAGUUGAACUCUGUCUUUUUGUGUGUUUCUCCCUAGCCGUCAGUCUGUGGUUUUGUAUUGCCAUGUGCUCCUGUCCCCGCUCCUGCUCUGCUCCGGCCCCUGUAUCACCGAGUACUCCGUCUCUCAUCUGUUUCUCAUUAUUACCUGUAUUUCUGCCACCUGUGUCUCACUGUGCUCCACCUAUCAUCUGCCUCUCUGUUUAUUGCUCAGUGUAUUUCAGUCCUGUGUUUUCACCUGUUUGUUGACAGAUUGUGUCAGUGCAUUUUCUUGAGUCUUUCCAGUAUUCAUAUCUGUACUCUGUGCGUCUGAAUAUCGACUCUGCCUGUUUCCUGAUUCUGGUUUUUGGAUUUCUCUGGAUGUUUUGAUCUCUGUCUGAACUUCGAUGCCGACUUUGUUUGCACCUUGCGAUUUGUUAUACUGGGUCUGUGAUUGGAUCCCUGCUCCAGUGUCCUGACAGUACUGCAUUGACUUGUAACAAAUUUCCUCCUGUUUUCAACAUUAUAUCUUGACCUUUUUAUACCUGUAGAGAUGCAUCUGCUAGACCAGGCAUGGGCAAACUACGGCCCUGGGGCCAUAUGCGGCCCGCAGAACUUGAUGAAAUUAUGUUAAUAAACCUUGUUAACGUUUUCUCCCCACAAUUAUGGCGUUUUCCCAAUAGAUGACGCACUCUAUAUACAUUGACCUUUGUUGAGGUGCAGCGUAUUACUCCACAUUUGCGCUUUACUCUUUGACCUCUCACCCCUUCUGUAAAGAUGAGUGGAGCUAAGAAAAGAAAAGUGGAUAGAGAAUGUCAGGUGUUUAAUAAGGAGUGGACAACUAAAUAUCUUUUUACCGAACACCGAUCAACUGCUGUAUGCCUGAUAUGCCAAGAGACUGUGGCGGUUUUUAAAGAAUAUAAUAUCAGCCGUCACUUUGCCACAAAACAUGCCAACUAUGCUAGCAACCAGUCAACGAAAGAACGGGAAGCUAAUGCUCAGAGGUUGGCAGCUAAUUUACAGGCUCAACAAAAUUUUUUUCACCGUCAAACUGCCAUUCAUGAGUCAAGUACCAAGGCGAGUUUUAUGCUGUCAUUCAAAUUAGCAAAGGCCAGCAAGCCUCUGUCUGAAGGCGAGUUUUUAAAAGAAUGUAUGGUGGAGACAGCAGGUGUAUUGUGUCCGGAGAGCAAAGUCAAAUUUGAAAAAAAUCAGUUUAUCACGCAGGACAGUGACUUGCCGUGUGGAACUGAUAGAUGAAGAUAUAACCAGCGACUUAAAUAAAAAGGCAGAGUUGUUCACGUUAUAUUCAUUAGCACUGGAUGAAAGCAACGAUGUAAAAGACACUGCUCAGCUCCUCAUUUUUAUCUGAGGAAUUACAAUACUUUUGAAAUAACAGAGGAGUUUUUGACAAUGGAGUCUCUGAAAGGAAAAACACGGGGAGAGGACUUGUAUGACCGGGUGUCUGCUGUCAUCGAAAAUAUGAAGCUCCCUUGGAGUAAACUUAUCAACGUCACCACAGAUGGAUCUCCUAAUUUGACGGGGAAAAAUGUUGGCCUGCUGAGGAGAAUACAGAAUAAAGUGAAAGCUGAAAAUCCUGACCAGGAUGUUAUUUUCCUUCACUGCAUCAUCCACCAGGAAUCUCUAUGUAAAUCGGUAUUACAGCUGAAUCAUGUUGUGAAUCCUGUUGUAAAACUUGUCAACUUUAUACGUGCAAGGGGACUUCUGCACCGUCAGUUCAUCACGUUCCUGGAGGAAACUGAUGCGGAUCACCAGGACCUACUUUAUCACUCCCGUGUCCGCUGGUUAAGUUUGGGCAAAGUGUUUCAACGAGUAUGGGAGCUCAAAGAGGAGAUCGGUGCAUUUUUGGAGUUACUGAGGAAGGCUGGCGAAUUUCCUGAGCUGAGCAACAAGAGCUGGCUUUGUGACUUUGCAUUUGCUGUGGAUAUAUUUUCACACAUGAAUGAACUGAACGUGAAGCUACAGGGGAAGGAUCAGUUUGUGCAUGACAUGUACACAAACGUGAAAGCCUUUAAAUCCAAGCUGGCUUUUUUCUCCAGGCAAAUUUCGAAUAAGUUAUUCACUCAUUUUCCCACACUAGCCACGCUGGAAGAGGCCGGCGCAAAUGUGAAAAAAUACAGCGAGUCACUGGAUGCACCGCACAGAGAAUUCUGCCGUCGCUUUUCUGAUUUUGAAAAAAUUGACAAGUCACUUCAGUUGGUGGCCUGUUCCCUGUCACAAGAUCCUGAAACAGCACCAGAGGAGCUACAGCUGGAACUGAUCGACCUUCAGUCUGACCCCGUCUUAAAAGAGAAGUUCAACUCUCUUAAACUGAAUGAUUUUUAUGCUUCACUUGGUAAAGAGGUGUUUCCAAACCUCCAGAGGACGGCACAGAAGAUGCUGGCGUUGUUCGGCUCGACCUAUUUGUGUGAACAGGCAUUCAGCGUCAUGAACAUCAACAAAGCCAGCCACAGAUCCAAGUUAACUGACCAACACCUCAGAUCCAUCCUGAGAAUCGCCACAACAAAACUAAAUCUAGACUUUGAUGCGCUGGCUAAAAAGGGAGACCAACAACACUGUUCACACUGAAAUUAAAAAUAAGUUUCUUUGUUGCGUUAUGUAAAAAAUGCAUUUGAAAAUAUUUUUUUCAAUAAGCCUUACAUGUUACAUGUCAUUUCUGUUAAGUGAUGGACAUGAGUAGUGCGCAGGUGCACGUACGUUCUCAAAAUAAAAAAAUGCGCUCCAGAUCAAAUAACGCGCUCCGCAUACUGGCGCGCUGUCACUGUUCUGUCCUUGUGCUGGUCGUUGUUGAGUUUUGGCACAGGGGACAAUUGAGUAAGAAGGAGCAGGACAAGUAGACCUGCAUCUCCUACCGUUUUUGAAAUAAAGACAGUCAGGAGGAGAGUGAUGAUGAUAAUAUCUUGAAGGAUAACAAAAUUUUCAUUGCUUUAAAAUAAUAACUGUUACUAUUAAAAAGCUGUAUUUUAUUCAUUUAAUUUUCAGUGUUUUAAAAGUCAUUUCAAUAAAUAGUUAAAUACCAUGGGACUUCAAAGACAGAUAUUUUGUUGUAAUGCAUUUGUUCAUUUUCAAUUGAAAUUAAAGCACAUGUUUUCUACAUAUCC